UGGUGCACAUAACUCACUUCUCACUGAAACACAUCACAGGACAGACAAACCUGAGCGGAUUUAUAAGCAACUUUAGUCUAAGUUUUUUUCUUAGGAAAUUUUUGUCAGAUCUUCAUUUGGGAAAGCAGCCUGUGGUUGCUGUGUGUUGUGUGUCAGGAACAUCCAUGUUUUCUACAGAUCAUGUUAAAAAUCACAGCAUGAAACUGUCCACAAGAGGGAUGCGGAUCAAACCAUUGAAUCGAUGGAGUUUUUGGAUCCGUUUGUUGUUCCUGGUCCUGGUGUUUUGUCCAGGCAUCACAGCACAGACAGGACCUCCAACACCAAAGCAAUCGUCUCCUCCGCCAACUUUAACAACAGUGGCUGCAUCAAUGAACCGCUCAUCCGUAGUGUCAGCAGCAACAACACCAACAACACCAACUAAGAUGCCAUUGACUGAAACCACAUCUACACCUCCUAACAUGAGCACAACUAAUCCUGAAACGACACUCACAACACCACCACAAACUCGAAACACAGGAACAUCACCAUUCUCAUCGUCUGGAUACACAACUUCUCCGGAAACAAGCACAAUAUCCAAACUCACUGGAAUCACAACUUCUCAUGAAACAACCACAACUUCCAGAUUCACAACGUUUACAGAAGCAACCACAAUAUCCAGUGUCACCAAAAACACAAGUUCUCCUGAAACAACCACAAUCUCCACAUCCACCGUCAACACAACUUCACCUGGAACAUCCACAGUCUCCAUGUUCACUGAAAACACAACUUUUCCAGAAACAACCACUAACGCCACAACAUUAACAGCAACACCCAACAUUUCAUCCACUGUCUAUACAACUACUAACUUCACAGAAUUUACUGCAACACCUAACAUGUCGUCCACUGUCUACACAACUACUAACGUCACAGCAUUUACAGCAACACCCAACAUUUCAUCCACUGUCUAUACAACCACUAACGUCACAGCAUUUACAGCAACAACAAACAUUUCGUCCACUGUCUAUACAACUGAUGCAACGACUGCUAACCAAACAUCAAACACACCUGUUACAGCACCCAAACCUUGUGACUUUUCUCAAAGCUGCUUGAAAGCAUUUUACUGGAUGACCACAUCUGUUACCGUGACAGGAAUAUCUCAAUUAAAUAUCAGCAGUCAGGUUGAGAAUUUUUUCAAAACGAAGCUAGACACAUGUGCAGUUUCCACACCUGAGAGUGUUUCUGCGAAAUCUAGUAGCUUAAUCUCAAAUAAUACAAGCAGUCCAGUAACAACAUAUCCUGGCCUGUUUGAAGCCUUGGAGAUCACAUGUGAUUCAAACAUUAUGAAUAAUUCACAAUGCUACGUUCUUCUGAAGCUGGCAGCACCUGCCAAUGUUUGCUGCAUUAGAGACACUGUGAUGAUGAUGAACUCGGCUGACAUCGAAAUCAGUGUGGAGGGACAAAUAGAAAGAGUGGGUGUGUGUGCAGAUGAUUUAACUCAGAUCUUCGCUGGACAAUAUGAUAAAUGUGAUCAGACUCUCAAUAUUGAUGUAUGCAGCACACAACCACAGAACAUCUCAUGUGGAAACAGUACAAAUGUGAUUUUCCCAGUUGGUGUUAAGGAGAACUGCACUGUUAUUCCAGCAACACCAGGGUGUAACUGUUCUUCACACUGCAGUAAUUCAGAUUUCUACUAUUACAGUUUUAGCCUUGGUCAUUCAACUUCUUCAGAAAACACUGGAUGCCAAUCUGUUUCUCAAUUGUUCAGUAAUUCAACGUGCAGCGGCGCGUCAUCUGCUUGUUAUAGUCUGACAACUUUACGCAAUCAUUUUCAGGACUUGAGAGCGGAGAAUUCAUCUGGACGUUUGGGCGAAUGUCAAGUUAUAAUUAAACUAGACACAGCGCUGGAUCUGUGUGUUAUUGGCGUGGCUGUAGAGACCAUCAUUAAAUCUCAGAAGACCUUCACCUUUGAUGGAGUUUUGCAAAGAAUAGCUAUCUGCUAUGAUCCUUCUUUUAACCCGUUGAAUCUGUAUCCUCGAUGGCAGCAAUCUCUGAGUACAAACUUCAGCUCUGAACUCUUCUGCACAGACUCAAACCAACAGAAUUUGUUUGCAGAUUUCUGUGUUGGGAAAUACAGUACACUCAUUCCCUUGAAUGGCAGCUGUAAUUCAUCUUUAACCGAAUAUCAGAACUUCACCACAGCUCCUCCAGUCUUCACAAUCACCAUUACCACAAACACAAGCUCUUUCAACACUACAGUCACUGCUGUCAAUCAAACUGUAACAGGUGCAACGAUAGCAGUGUCUAUAAACUCAUCAGGGACAUUAGGUGCAGAUGGGCUGUUGAGUUUGAGUGGUAAUGCCUCGUCUUUAAACGCGGGUCAGGUGGAUCAGCUUUUAUCCCAGCUGGAAUCUCUCCUGGCCGGGCCGACCGUCAGUCUGGCUCUGGCAAACACCUCGGUCAACAUCGUCAACAACCUCCUGGAUGUCCCUCCAGCCGUAAUCACACCUUUCUCAAAGAGAGCCAUUGGGAUUGUGGACACUGUGGGUCUGAAACUGGCAGUUUCUGGGCCGAGUCAGACGGUGCUUUCACAGUCGCUGUCUCUGGGUGUGAAGAAAGUGGACGGGGCAAACUUUCAGCAGACGUCCUUCUCCUUAAUUGAUUCAACUAACCUGCAGAUUGGAGGCGGCGUCAGUAAGAGGUCUGCAGAAUCUGAGCUUCAGGUUCGGUCUAUUCCUCUAGGUUCAGUCGUUCUUCCAUCAUCCCUCACUCAAAACCUCACAGCCGAACAACAGCAGCUCAUCUCAAGAGUUCAGUUCAACUUCUUCCAGAAGAACACCUUCUUCCAGGAUAAAAACCUGGGAGAUGGUAAACUGAACAGCGGGAUUCUGGGUAGUAGUGUGGGAAACCUGAGCAUCUCUGGUCUGCAAAACGAAGUGCUGAUAACCCUGAGAAACAAUGGGCCUAUUCCAGCUAACUAUUCAGCUUUCUGUGUAUUCUGGGACUUUGGCUUAAAUGACGGCUCAGGCGGCUGGAACCCUUCUGGGUGUCGUGUGGUCAAUGUUAGUGAUGAAGAAACAAAGUGUGCUUGCAAUCACCUCACCAGCUUCGGCAUUCUGCUAGACAUUUCAAAGACUGAAAUCCCUCCUUUGGAUCUCCUUAUUCUGACAUACAUUACAUACAUCGGCUGUGGCAUAUCGGCUAUUUUCCUGUCUGUCACCCUGCUCACUUAUCUGGCCUUUGGCAAACUGCGCAAAGACAUCCCAUCCAAGAUCCUGAUUCAUCUGUGUUUCGCCUUGCUGCUGUUAAACCUGGUGUUCCUGCUGGAUGCCUGGUUGGCUCUGUAUCCAGAUGCUGUGGGUCUCUGCAUCUCCACUGCUUUUUUCCUGCAUUAUUUCCUCCUGGCGUCCUUUACUUGGAUGGCACUAGAGGCCGUUCACAUGUACCUGGCCAUUGUGCAGGUGUUUAACACUUACAUCUCUCGCUUUAUGCUGAAGAUCGGAUUUGCAGGAUGGGGCAUUCCUCUCAUCAUAGUCAUAAUCGUCAUAGCUGUUAACAAAGACAACUAUGGCCUUGUGGCGUACGGGAGGUAUGCAGAUGGGGCGACUGACGAUUUCUGCUGGAUUAAAAAUGACAUGGUCUUCUAUUUUGGUGUGGUGGCGUAUUACUGUCUGGUCUUCCUGCUGAACCUGGCGAUGUUUAUCGUGGUGAUGAUCCAGCUGUGCCGCAUCAAGCAGCAGAAUCCUCAUAACACACAGCAGCGCAGCGGCUGGCAGGAGAUGCGCAGUGUGGCUGGACUCACCGUCCUCCUGGGCCUUACCUGGGGCUUCGCUUUCUUCGCUUGGGGUCCCGUCAACCUUGCAUUCAUGUACCUGUUUGCCAUUUUUAACACUCUACAAGGAUUCUUCAUCUUUGUGUUCCACUGCGCCAUGAAAGAAAACGUCAGACGACAGUGGAGGACAUACCUGUGUUGUGGCAAACUGAGACUGGCAGAAAACUCAGAAUGGAGUCGCACAGCAACUCAGAAAAUAAACAAAGCCUCCAAGAGAAAGAUGUCUUCAUUGCGUUCGUCAAAUUCAAAUCAUUCAAGCUCAUCUUUCCUAAACCGUGACAGUCUGGCAUCUGAAGUGCCCUUUGGCAUUGGAAACCCGAUGGAUGACAGGAUGAUAACUGAAGCAGAAGGGCCCAGCUCAAACUCAGAUGUGGUUUUAAAUGAGCUCAACAGUCAAAAUCACAGAGGUCGAAGGUCAUACCGAUGAAAGCCAGUAUGAGUGUAUGUGUGUGUGUGUGUGUGUUAUGGUCUACUGCAUCACUGUAUUUCACUUACAUUUUAAGUUACAUAAAGUAUUGCUUGUUGUACUGUAUAUACAACAGAUAUACAGUUGAAGAAUUAUUAGCCCACUUUGAAUUUUCUUUUCUUUUUUAAAUAUUUCUCAAAUGAUGUUUAACAGAGCAAGGAAAU